AUGAAUCUGCAGAUAUAUGACAUUGGAAGGAAGAUAUGGACAACAAAAGGAGAAGAUCUGGAGGCAGCCAAGAAGGAUUUCAUUGACUGCCUGAAGUUGUUGGAAGGAGAACUUGGAGACAAGCCUUACUUUGGAGGCGAUACCAUUGGCUACGUUGAUGUAGCACUUGUUCCUUUCUAUUGUUGGUUUUAUGCUUAUGAGACUAUCGGCAACUUCAACAUAGAGGCCGAGUGUCCUAAGCUGAUUGCUUACUGUAAGAGAUGCUUGCAAAAAGAGAGUGUAUCCAAGUCUCUUCAAGAUCCACAGAAAGUCUAUGAUUUCAUUGUGAUGCUGAGGAAGAACUUGGGGGUUGAUUAA